AUGGCUACAAAGGCAGCACAUAAACGACUCACAAGGGAAUAUCAAAAUAUUCAGAAGAACCCUCCUCCUUAUAUCGUGGCACACCCUUCAGAGACCAACAUAUUAGAAUGGCAUUAUAUCCUCACCGGUCCACCGAAAACCCCUUACGAGAAUGGACAAUACUGGGGUACCUUGAUUUUCCCUCCUGAAUACCCAUUUGCACCGCCCGCUAUUCGCAUGCACACACCCAGCGGCAGAUUCCAACCAUCUACGAGAUUAUGUCUCAGCAUCAGCGAUUUCCAUCCCAAGUCUUUCAAUCCAGCAUGGGAGGUGUCAACUAUCCUUAUUGGUUUAUUAAGUUUUAUGACCAGCGAAGAAAUGACGACCGGUAGCGUCAGUGCAUCGGACAGCGAACGCAGACUAUUUGCCGCACGGUCACGAUGGUGGAACUCUACAGGUGGAGGAUCUCAGAAAAACCUUCCUGCAGGCGUUACAGCUUCUAGCAAGGGAAUUAAUAAUAUCAAGGCUGGUGAUGGCGGUUUGAAGUUCCGGACCGAAUGGCCGGAGUUGGAUCAGGAGAACUGGAAGUGGAUAAAAGACAACCGCAUCGAUGCCGCGACGGGACAUAUCAUUCCAGACCCAAAUGCGCUGACAUUGAACAACUGUUCGCCUGAAACCUCGGCUCUUCGUCGACGUCCUGCUGGAAGUGGUCCGCGACUGGGCGCCGUGAUGGAAGGCGGACACGUGGCUAGAGAGGCAGGUCAAGGUUGGGUUCGACGACACAAAUUCUGGGUUGGGCUGGCUGUGGUGUUUGGAUAUGCCCUCAUAUCGAGGCUAUACCACGAUAUACAGGGUUCUUAA